AAAUACAAAUAAGGGAGUAUAAGUUGCAGGCCAAUAUACCAAAGUAUAGCAAAGCAAUGCAGAAAAGGAGGUGGGAGGAGAAUGGAUUGUUGGGGGCUAAGGUCCAAAGGAAGAGAAGUUAUGUAGAGGUGGUGAAGGCUAAAACAAACAUAGGAAGCAAGGAACCUGUACAUAGAGUUGGAAGGUUCAGGAGCAAAAAGGGGGAUUUUUGGGAAGAAAAUUGGAAAAGAGAGAUGAAAGAAAUUAAAACAAGGGACUCAAUUGAAAAACUCAAAACUUGGAGGGGGGGGGAAGGCAUCUCAAACCUUCCCCUUCUUCUUCCGUAUUUUACUUUUCUCUCUCCCGAACUGGCUUUCUCCCCAAACCAGUCGGCAGCCACAUGCCCAGCAAUCACCGGCAAUCAUACCUCCCUACUCCCCUCUCCUGCGCCCGACCCUGCUGCUGCACUCCCUAUCCCUACCCCCUGCGUGCCUACUCCCCUCUGCACCCUUGGCCUCUGCCCGUGCCCAGAUCGCCCACUUGCUACACCAGCCCUGCAUGCUGCGCCUGCACCCCUGCUCCCUACUCCUGCACCCAGCCUUGCUCUGCACUUUCCCCUCUGCACCCCUAGCCUCUGCGCGCCUGAUCCUGCACUCUGUGCCUUUGCCCGCGCCCAACCUGUGCCCCUGCUCCCUGCUCUGCGCCCAGAUCGCCUGCACUCUGCGCCUAGAUCACCGGCAAUCAUACCCCCUGCAAACCAGCAAUCAUGCCCUUGCAACCCCCCUGCUGCUGCACCGAACCCGCCCUUGCCACCUGCGCCCCUCUAUUGCUGCACCGAGCCUGUGCCUCCUGCACUCUACGCCCCAAUCCCAUGCCCCUGCCUUCUGCACACUACAGCCAUACAAAAAAAAACAACAAUGCCAGACAAAAUUGGCAUCAUUGAUGAUUGACAGAGCAAGGCCUUUUUUCCUAUUUCAUUUUGUUUUAUCAGUUGGGUUCAAAAGCAGAGUACAGGAGGAGGGGGGGUCUGUGGUUGGUGAAGUUUUGGAGUUUGCUUUGGGUUGAUUUUGGAGUUGAUUUUGGGGGCGUCUUUUGAUUGAUUUGGGAGUUAGAUUUGUCUUCUGGUUUUGAGUGUGUGUCGACGGCAGAGAAAAGGAGGGAUUUUUCUGCUGGAAGGAGACUCUGUUUGAGAAGGAAGAUUGAGGAAUUUCAUCUUCGGUUGCCAUUGUUAGGUACAAUUCUGAAACAGAAGAUUUUUUUUGGGGAAAAUGGAGAAGGAAAUGUUGGAAGCUUGAUCCCGUGGGUGGGAUUCCUUCCAUCAAAUCCAGAUUUGUCUUCCUCUAAAAAAUCCGUCGUGUUUGCUUUGUUUUUACCUUCUCUGUUGAUGUUUUCAUGUUCUUUUAUUUAAAUAUGAUGUUAAGUUUAUGUAUUUCUUUCUUGGAAACAAAAAAAUUAAAAAAAAAAAUCAAGGAUUUUUCUGUUU